AUGAAUGGGCUUCUUAUAAGAGAGGAUGACACGGUGAAAGCUAACUCUGUUAAAGAGAAGAUUUUGGAUGACGAUUGGUGGGAUAAAGUAUCAUACAUUCUUAGUUUUACUGAACCGAUAUAUGAUAUGAUUAGAAUCUACAAGAAAGAAAAACUUCCCUUAUCUGCUCGUAGUAUCUUUUAUGAUGUUGUGCAUCAAGUUUUAGUGUCUCAGUGGACGAAGAAUAACACUCCUCUACAUUGUUUAGCACACUCUUUAAAUCCAAGAUAUUAUAGUGACGCAUGGUUACUUGAGGAUAGUAAAAGACUCCCUCCUCAUAGGGAUGGAGAAAUUUCACAAGAGAAGCAGACUUGUUUUAGGAGAUUGUUUCCUAAUGAUGAUGAGCAUGAUAGAGUCUUGGAGGAGUAUGCUUUGUUUUCAAUGAAGGUUGGUCCUUUUGAAGAUUUAAUAUGUAUUACAAAGAUGGAUACUAUGGAACCCAAGUCAUGGUGGGCUAACUUUGGUGCUCAAACCCCUCUUCUCCAAACUUUAGCUUUUAAAUUACUUGGACAACCUAGUUCGUCUUCAUGUGCUGAGCGAAAUUGGAGCACCUAUGCAUUUAUCCACUCGCUUAGGAGGAACAGAUUGACUACAAGUCGUGCUCAAGACUUGGUUUAUAUCCACAACAAUCUUCGGCUUUUGUCUAGGGCCCCUAAUGAUGGUGUAAAUAUGUGGGAUGUGGGUGGAGAUGCUUUUGACUCGAUGGAAGAUGUAGGAUUUUUGGAGUUUGCUGAUCUUUCAUUAGAUGAACCGGAACUUGAAAGCGAUUUGCUUGUUAACGUUUGAUUAGAUUAGGAAGAUAUGGGAUUUUUGAACUUUACAUCAAUAUAUAACUAUUUUGGGGUUUUGUGUUACAUUAUCUUUAAUAUAUAUUUAUUUUUUAUAUGUUUUUUUUCC